CUUUGAAAGACUGUAUCUCUCUCUCUCUCUCUCUCUGUAUAAUCUAUUUUCCUCUUCUUUUCUUUCUUAUUCAUAUAACAUUCAUCAGUUUGGGUUGAAUUGAAUAAAUCUAAUUUGUUGAGGACUUGGGAAAGGGGAAAAAAAAAAAAGAUGGGACGGCAACCAUGUUGUGACAAAGUUGGGUUGAAGAAAGGGCCAUGGACUGCAGAAGAGGAUCAGAAGCUUAUUAACUUCAUCCUCACCAAUGGCCAAUGCUGUUGGAGAGCUGUUCCUAAGCUUGCAGGAUUGUUAAGGUGUGGGAAAAGUUGCAGACUGAGAUGGACAAAUUAUCUAAGGCCAGAUUUGAAAAGAGGACUUUUAUCUGAAUAUGAAGAGCAAAUGGUCAUUGAUCUUCAUGCUCAACUUGGCAACAGAUGGUCUAAAAUUGCAUCUCAUCUCCCUGGAAGAACUGAUAAUGAGAUAAAGAACCAUUGGAAUACUCACAUAAAGAAGAAACUGAAGAAAAUGGGCAUUGACCCUCUCACCCACAAGGCACUAUCUAGUACUACAACUGAACCCCAACAGUCCCAGCAAAAGAAUCAAGUUUCAAAAGGUGGUUUAAAGUCUCAAGUAGUUGAUAAAAGUCCCAAGGAGCCUGAAACAUCAUUACAAUCCACAAUAAGUGAAGAAAAAAGCAUGGGAAGCCCUUUAUUUGACCCAAUGGAGAUGAUGAUGAUGAUGGACAAUGUUGAUGGUUUUUGUACAGAUGAAGUUCCAUUGAUUGAACCACAUGAGAUUUUGGUCCCUGCUGCACCAUCAACAUCUUCUUCCUGUGAUUCUUCAAAGUUGCUUGAGGAAUUGCAGUUGCCUGAUUUUGAAUGGCCCUCUGAUUGCAACACUAGCAGUGAUGAUAAUAACAACAAGAAGAUGAGCUUGUGGGAUGAUGAUGAUUUCAAUAACACUUGGGGGGAUUUGUUAAGUGACAGAUCAGAGCUUGCUCUUGAUGAUUCAUUGUCAUCUCCCUUAAUUCAGUGCCCAACAGGAAUGCCUUUUGAUCAGGAAUAUUCUUGGGCAUACAUAUGAGCUGUUAUGUAUGGUUUUGGUUUCUUCUUCUUUUAAUUGUGGGUUUUAUUUGUAGUUUUUGAUAGUCACUUGUCACAUAAGAGAAAGAAGAAAAAUAAGUUAUCAAGAAUAAAUGGGAAAUUUUCAUCACUGAUUUUUAGUCUUCCCCCCCCCCAAAAAAAAAACUUUUUCUUUUGUAUAUGAUGAAUUGGAGAGAAGAUCUCAAUGUGUUGUCAGUUCAAUUUUAUCUUAUUUAAUAAGAAAUGGAUUUAGUGAAGAGUCCUCUGAACUCUCAAGUACUCAUUACUUUA